AUGGAUCUGAUCGAGGCAGCAGGUGGAACAGAAGCGAUCAUGGAAUUGAUUGGGCUGAUGAAAACGGAACCAAGGUUAUGGGAUCGUACCUCACCCAGCUUCAUCACUCAUAACGACGUUAAACUGGAACUAUUCACCGAUAUUGCAAACCGACUCAAUUUACUUGGAGUGACUGGCGAUACGGUCACGACUGCAUGGCGUCAGUUGAGUGAAAAAUACCGACGUCGUUUAUACGAUGGCAAACGGCGCAACGGUACAACAUCGUGGCCUUUCUUCGAACCAAUGAGUUUUCUUCGUGAUCAAUACGAGCAAACACGUUGGCACCGAACUUCGGCAUUAUCGUCGUGCACGAUUGCUCAUAACGCACAACAACAUGCUUCUUCUCCAGCAAAUGUAGCGCAGUUGGUGAAUACAAUUCUAAAUGCACAUCACUCCAUCAAUGCCUCUGAAGCUGAAACGAUGGCUGCAGUUGCAGUGGCUUGUUCUGACGAAACAACAUCAAAUCAGGAUCGCGAUCAGAAUUCCUUUCUCGAACUCAAGCGACAGAUUUCACCGUGUGAGAGAGUUGAAUCGGAUAUUCGAUGCAACGGAACAUUUGUGGGUGAAAUCAUUAAGAAAGGAGUUCCACAGCAAGAAAUUUUCGGGAAACAAGGAUUAAUGAAUGCUGCACUUCGCUUAUUUUCAUCACAACGACAACCUCUCAAAAAUGAUACUAAAUGCCGUGACGAUAAUAUGGUGAUGGCAACCACAUCGUCGCCGUCCUCGUCAUGUGUCGACGCGAUGAUUGAAAUCGAAAAUAGAGGAUCACAAGAUCAAAUAGCGAUUAACGAUCACCAGCAACCGUCAUCACUGACUCAACAGCUAUCAUUCUCGUCACGUGCGCAGCAAGAGCGUAAUUCAUCAUCUAACUCACCAAUCCGUAACAUCGAUACCAACACUCGUCUCGAGGAUAUUAUUAAUUCUCAAAUAAGUUCUGUUGGAGCAACGAUGGUAACAAACAAUAUUCAACGGACUAAUAAUGAUAACAAUAUUGAUACCAGUCGAGAUGCACUCAAUAUGAAACGUCAUCAAAUUGGUCGACGAAAAGCGCGAAACAGUAAUCGUUUUUGUGCAUUCAACAAGCCGAAAAAUACGCGUAGAAAACAAGCAUUCCCGCUCCCAACAGCCGUUGGCAACACAGCAUUCGCGUGUGAGAUGAGUCCGCAGUAUGGAUCUGUGGCUAAUUCAACCGAGCAAUCACAAAGCGAUGACGCAAAAACACUGUCAUGCCAUGCAACAGUUGCCGAGAGGACAUCAACAAAUACAUCGCCUACUCCACACCAACAAUCUGUUAUUGAUAGUGAUGCGAAAUGGGAAAAUGUCGGUCGUGUUUGGAUUGAUAUGAUGAAAACGGUUCGAUCACCACAGUUGGCGUUAGCCGCGCAUAAGUUUGUGACGAAUACACUGUUUGCGGUUCUCGAAGCGGAUACCCAGUUGCUCGGUGUCGAUCCGUCGAUAACGCGCGUUCGUAUACGAGAGAACGCACCUCAGAUCGAAGUGACCAUGCAUCAGUAA